UGGUCUGGGGGCGGGCGCUGCGUAAAGAGCCCGGAGCGGAGCUGGGCGAGCCAGAAGCACAUCCGGCAGUGGAGGAGCUGCGUUGUCUUGUGAGCGGAGAGUGGAGACUGUGUCCCACAGACUCUGGCAUCAUGAACAUAUUUGAUCGGAAGAUCAACUUUGAUGCCCUCUUCAAGUUUUCCCACAUAACCCCCUCAACACAGCAGCACCUGAAGAAGGUCUAUGCCAGUUUUGCCCUGUGUAUGUUUGUGGCGGCUGCAGGGGCCUAUGUCCAUGUGGUCACUCAUUUCAUUCAGGCUGGCCUGCUCUCUGCCUUGGGUUCUCUUGGAUUGAUGAUUUGGUUGAUGGCCACACCUCAUAGCCAUGAAACUGAGCAAAAACGGCUGGGACUUCUUGCUGGAUUUGCUUUCCUUACAGGAAUUGGCCUGGGCCCUGCUCUGGAGUUGUGUAUUGCCAUCAACCCCAGUAUCCUGCCCACGGCCUUCAUGGGCACAGCAAUGAUCUUCACCUGCUUUACCCUGAGUGCACUUUAUGCCAGGCGCCGGAGCUAUCUGUUCCUUGGAGGUGUCUUGAUGUCAGCCAUGAGUCUGAUGUUAUUGUCUUCUCUGGGAAAUCUUUUCUUUGGAUCCAUUUGGCUUUUCCAGGCAAAUCUGUAUAUGGGGCUGGUGGUUAUGUGUGGCUUUGUCCUUUUUGAUACUCAACUUAUCAUUGAGAAGGCUGAAAAUGGAGAUAAGGAUUAUAUCUGGCACUGCGUUGACCUCUUCCUAGAUUUUGUUACUCUCUUCAGAAAACUCAUGAUGAUCCUGGCCAUGAAUGAGAAGGAUAAGAAGAAAGAGAAGAAGUGAAAUGACCAUCUAGCCUUUCCCUAACGACUUCCUCUCCUUCCACCCCUCGUCUCCUCUUGCACACAUUACAGGUGGCGUGUCCUAUGAUAAUGAAAAGCAUCAGAAAAGCUUUUGUACUUUGUGGUCUUCUCUAUUUUGAAUUUUUGGAUCAAAAAACUGAUUAGCAGAAUAUAGUUUGGAGUUUGGCUUCAUAUUCCUGGGGUUCUUCCCCACUCCCUUUUCUGUCAACCCCGCCUUGGCCCUCAUCCUCUGUCUGGCAGCCUGUCCACCGUGAUGAGGACUGGCAGGUGCCGAGGCAGCGAACGCCACAUGUCCGCCUUCCAGCCAUGCUUCACCGAGCGGACUGAACUGUCCCGUAGAGUCACCUGGCCUCUCCUCCACGUUGCUGGUCUGUGCGCGGGUCCUGAGGGACAGAGCAGUGUGCUUUCCAUUGAAAAGAGGUUGCUGGUCCUGUGACUUGGGCUCACUAUAUCUGAACUUCUGCCAACCCCUCCAGUGAAAAUGAAGAGCCUCUUCUGAUGAAUAUUUUGCGCCUCCAACUUCCCAAGUUUCUGCUGGUCGGGCAAACGCCUUUUUGCCUUGCCGUCAUGAAAAGGAACGUGGAUUUCUGGGGUUCCCUUCACAUCCCUUGUCUGAUCCUGGGGGUGCAUGCCUGCUCUCCCUCCACAGGGCAAGAGGAUCUCAGCAUGAAGGGAAAGCUCGGCAGGAUCUGUGGAAAGGCUGAAUUCCAUGUGACAGGCAUAGGGGGAAUCCCUCAGCUCCCCGGGGCUUCAUUAUUUUUCUGUUGGUUGAUGACUCAGUGACCUCCACAGGUAGCUGUGUUUGAAGGUUUCAGGAGAGGAAGAACAGGGAAGGUGAAUGGUCGGGCCUGUGGGGGUCCUGUACAUACCCAGCUGAACAAGCCUAGAUUAGAACUUGCUUGGGGCAGAGAGGAACAGAAUCUCCCCUGAAUAGUUCUUUGUUCAGAUCAACAGCAUUCAUAACAGUCUCUCAGUAGUUUUGUCAUAUCCUGCCUGGACAUUUAAAGAUCCUAUCAAGCCAGAGCUUUGGGGCAGUAGAUAAAUGUUCAUUUUACACAUGCACUUUAGUUUUUUGGUCUGUUCACGUGUUUCCAGAAAUCUUCACCCUCUCGGGUGGGGCUCAGGUGAUAAAAACUGCAAACCGCACCUGGUUGCCUGCCACUGACAGACCAGCCCCUCUGUGGCCUCACAGCCUUCGGUAGCAGUGUGGACCUGGCUGCUCACAGGUUCUCGUGUAAGGGGAUUGAGCCCUCAAGAGCUGCUUCCCAGCAGGAUGUCGCUACUUGGCUCUCCCAGUUCCAGCCAGUUUGCGGUGGUGGCUGACCUGCACCGGGUCACUGUUGCCUGAAACGGUCUGUGGCCAGCUGUGUGAAAUGCUGGAGUGGCCUGCCCCCCAGAACAGCUCUCUCCAACACAGGACGCUACUCUGAUUUAGCUGCUGCCUCCAGCUCUGGCUUGAGAAUGUACUGAAGGGACUUCCUUCCACUAACCCCGCUAGCAGCGCUCCAUAAAUUUGUUAGUUCUCUGCAAGGUCUGAGAAUCUGAAUAACAUCUCUCGAAGCCAAACUCCACCUCUUGUGCUUUUUAGCUUGGGAUAAAGGAGUUUUUCUUUAGAAACAGUGCCAAGAAUGACAAGAUAUAAAAAAUAAAAAUACUUUUAAAGAAAAUGCCUAACAGGUUUUUAAUACAGUAAUCACUGUAAUAAUUAUCACUUUCUUUUCUAGUUCUUGGUUUUCAGCCCAGGCUGCAUUCUCUAACUCAUACUGUGAAGACAAAGGUGUUUUUGAUUCAGAAAUAUAUGAGAUCUACAUAGUCUUAAUUUGUAAAAAAUAAAGAAAAUUCCUUAACCUUU